ACCUGUGCCCUGACCCCGCCCACUCACCGGCCACGCCCACUCACUGGAACUGGGCGUGUCCUCGAGGUAGACGCGGACGUGAUGACGUAGCUGGCGGUGGGCGGUGUUUACCGGUAUGUGACGUCCGUAAGAUGGUGGUGGGCGCCUUCCCUAUCGCUAAGCUCCUGUACCUGGGAGUCCGCCAGCUGAGCAAACCCCUGGCCAACCGCAUUAAAGCCGGCGCACGGCGGAGCGAGUUCUUCCGGACUUACGUCUGCCUGCCGCCCGCUCAAGGUGAUUUGGCCUAACUGGGCUUCUGUAGGGGACUGCGUGGGUGCUGAGCCAAUGGGAGAGCGGGGCAGGAGCAAGCGGACCAAUCAGAGAGCGGGGCGGGUGUAAGCGGACCAAUCAGAUUGCGGGGAUUUAAAAGGGCGCUGCUCUCUGUCAGUUUGAGGUCACCCUGCCUGGCAGGUCCCAUGCUGGGCUGUGAUGGUCUCAGUAACUCUCAUUGGUAACCACUGGUAUCCUAGCAACUGAGGAGCAUGGCUACCAGAACUUACUGAGCAUCAUGGGAAAUGUAGUCUAGAACAGCUGCAGUGCCAAAGUUUUAAAUUUCCCAGGUUCUCUAAUCAGAGUUUCCAGCUCUGCCAUGAUCUUCUGGGCACUCAUAACUAAUUAAUGUGUUGGCUCAUUAAAAGUGCUGCUCUAAAGUAUGUAGCAUUGAUAUGCUGCUGGGGUAAACUACUGUACUAGAGCAGGUUUCCUGCUUGUGUAAUACCUUGAUUUCCAUACUGAAGCAUAUUUAGGCCGCAUACCACAGAGCAGCACUGUCCUAGUAUAUAGAUAAUAUAAAGAAAUCAAACCGUCACGCGGCUGAUUUUAUUAUUAUAUAGAACUGGGUAGGCAAUCGUAGUCACUCCGGAUGUUGUGGACUGCAUCACCCAUAAUGCUCUUACAGCCGUAAUGCCGGCAAAGCAUCAGUGGAGAUGUAGUCCACAACAUCUGGAGUUCCGAAGAUUGACCACACCUGUUAUAGAGUAUUGGAGAUUAUCACAGGGAGUAUCUUUUGCUCAAACUCAUGUUGCACACCAAAGAAAUGGGGUACAGCGAAAACACUUCACCCCAAAAUGCAGAGAACCUCACAGGUUGCUGACGUGCUUUAGUGGGUAACUGCAAACCUCCGUGUACCAAUUUAAGAUAACGUGUCACUUGUAUUAAUUUAUUAAUUAGAAUUAUGAAUUAAUUUAAGAACACACCCCUGGCAGUUAUGCUGAUGUGAUAUACCAUAUAUUCUAUUCUCUUUAUUGGGUGUUUUCCGCAUUUGAUUGGCCCAUAUGCCAAAUCUGUCAGUAGAGGAUGGGCACACUGUCAUCACUGUCAGUCUCAGCAGAGCAGUGGUGAGAGGGGACACAUUGCCAGAUUUGUUUUCAUUGGGAGAGUGCCUGCAAUAGAUGAGGAAUACUUCAAAAAUUAAAGUGAGUGUUAGUUACUUUAAAAGCAGAAUUAUCACUUCCACAGAAGUGACAGUUCCUUCACCCCAGUAAAUACUAAUUCAGCAUUUACUGGGGUGAACAGCAGAAGUAAGUAAGAAAACGUAACACCACUGCAGUUCUGUAAUGUGACUGGUGAGGUUUUAACAUUUAAAAAAAUAUCAUAACCUUUAACUUUUAGUUAACUAUUAUGUUAAAAUGGAGGAAGUGCCAGUUCUUCUACAAAAAUGAUAACGUGAUAUAUACCAUACUGAAUGUGAAGAUUUUAUAAUUAUUGUGUGGAAUCCUGGCUCCCUAUAAUCUAUGUGUGAAAUUCUGUGGUCUGUAGUGGUUCCCAAACUAGUCCUCAUGGCCCACCAACAAUCCAGGAUUUGUGUAUUUACCAUGUUUAUUCCAAUGGAGAUAUUGACAAUAUCUGGACUGUUGGUGGACCUUGAUGACUGGUUUGGGACUGUUAACUAGAGUGUUUUCGAGAGGGUGCUCAGUAUAUAAUGCUCUGAAUGGAUAAACUGCCUCUUUACCCAUGCCUUUCACCAAAAUUACAGGGUACAGGUUUACAAUACCUGACAGUAGGUUUUCUGGAAAAAGAAUACUGCAAGCCAAUGCUGACAUUGCUUUCAUCUCUUUGUUAAUGGAUUAAAGGAACACUCUGCAUAGAUAAAGCAGAUCAGCAUGGUGAAAUGCUUUAUGUAUCUGAAGUCUGCCAUUUUCAUGACAGUUUAUAAAAGCUCAGACUUCAGUAUAAAUUAGCUUUUUCAUAAUUGGGCCACAAAGACCUCCCUGACACGUGCCUGCCUUCUCCCAUUGUUAAUGAGCUGUGCUGCACCUCUUUAGAAAAAGCAACAAGAAGCUCUGAGUACAGAUUGAAAGUUUGUACUGGGGAAACGGGAGGGUUCUCUGUAGCUUUUGGAAGUUGUUGGUUUUUUGUUUUCUUAUUUUCUCUGUGUAAAUCUACUAAAUUGUUAAAAAUGAAUACAUUAAAGAAACACUAUAGAGUCAGGAACACAAACAAGUAUUCCUGACCCUAUAGUGUUAAAACCACCAUCUGCCCCCCCUAAAAAUAGUAAAAUCUUACUUUUGUUCAAGUCUGUGGCUGCUGACUCUGCCCCUGAUCUGCCUGCUUGGCGGACAUCAUCAGAAGUGAUUCUCUGAGCCCAUCACAAUGCUUUCCAAUAGGAUUGCCUGAGACUGUCAAGGAGGCAGAUCAGGGGCAGAGCCAGCACAAGUCAAACACAGCCCUGGCCAAUCAGCAUCUCCUGAUAGUGAUGUAUUGAAUCAAUUCAUCUCUAUCAGGAAAGUUCAGUGUCUGCAUGCAGAGGGUGGAGAUACUGAAUGGCAGUCACACUGUACAGCACUGUCAUGGAAGCACCUCUAGCAGCCAUCUGAGGAGUGGCCAGGGGAGUUAUCACUAGGCUGUAAUGUAAACACAGAAUUUUCUCUGAAAAGACAGUGUUUACAGCAAAAAGCCUGACGGGAAAGAUUCUACUCACCGGAACAAAUACAAUAAGCUGUAGUUAUUGUGGAGACUAUAGUGUCCCUUUAAGUGUUCCUUUAGUUUACCAGUUAUGGCACUCGCUCACUAAAAUGAAAGAGAACAAAUGUUGACCUAGGCAUUGUGCUAGCAAAUGUAUAGAAAAUAUUUAUAUUAUAAAUAAAGAUUACAAAAAAAAAAAAAGCCCAUUCCCCCCGUUCAAUCAAUUGUCCGUCCAACUUGGCUGGUUUCAGCCUUUAAAAUCACCAUUUUGUAAAAAAAAAAACGCUAUGCAUACAAAGCAUAAAGCGGAAGCAAGAGCAACGUUUAACUAAAACAUGGGCCUUUUUAAAAAAAAAAAAUGUUAUUGUAACCGUUCAAUUUGUUUAUAUUGCAAACCGCAACAGUAGUCUCAGGGUCCACUGUCUCAUUAAAGUGAUCCAGGGACAGAAACCAUGUGAGAACUGACUUAGGGGUAAUGCUCCCCAGGGAGACAAUGUAUAGCAAAUAUUUCCCCCACACAGAGCUGAUGUCCGGUGUAGGGAUUGAGUGUUCGCGAGAGCUUGAAGAUUAAUUAUUGUGUGAGUGAAGCAUUGCUCACAGUUCUGGAAAAAUUCAUAUGAACAGCCACAGGAAAAUAUAGCAGAUGAUUUGUGAUACAGACGACGCGGUCAAGGUUUGAGAUAGAUGUAUCAUCAUUCUAAAAAUAAAUGCAGAGUUCUAAAAUAAUUGUGAGACCAGCAAUACUGAUAGCUAGUAACAAUGACCCUAUCAUGAAAAUGUUUGGGAGUUUGUAACAAAUGUCAAAUAUCCCUUGAGUGAUGAAUAAAUAGUGCUGGGUUGGAAAAUGUGCGUUUUGUUUACUGCACACUUAAUUUUAGAUUGAAACUGGUCAAAUCACAGAGCUCUUGCCUUAGAGCAGCAGCAUUUUUUAAGUUCACUGUAGUUGAGCAGUUUGAAGCCUCUCUGAAGAAAUGAGAGUUGGCUCAGGGUUAUGCAAAGUUCCGUUGGUGCAAUGUGACUGUUUACAACAACACUCCGGGCACCAUAACAACUUCAUUAAAAUGGGCACCAUAACAACUUCAUUAAAAUGGUUUAACCCUAAGGUUGGUAAUAAUAUCACAACUUACUGGAUAGUGAAUACAAAAUGGCGACCCCUUUUACCUGCACAUAAAUAUUUAUUUACUAGCUGGGUUAGUCAUUAAAAUGUAAUUUGCCUGGAAUUAGAAGUUAAAUAUGCAGAACAGUUUUGUUUACCUUUUACUACAUAAGCUGGGCUUGAAAUGGGGGUGGGGUAAACUUGAAAUUUUAGGCCAAAAUCUGAAAGACUGUGAAACUCUCCCAAGUCAACUCUGUUUUCAAUAUGUACUUUUUAGACUAAAUUGUGAAAUUCACUUUCAAAUCCCAGCAAUUCCAGGUUUAGUCAAGAACCCUGUCUGUUAUUUCCCAGCAUUUUAUUUGAUCACAGGGACACUAUUUGUAGGGGUAUAAGGAGGCAUAGUUAAUUAAUAGGGCAUUACUGAACAUAUUUGGUGAGCUUCUAACAUUCUAAUAGGUAUUUGUGAUACACAGGACUAAUUCUUCAGAAUGUGAAUUUCAUAUAUUGAGUAAGAGGUUGAGUUAAGCAACUGUGACGGAAGACGAGUGCCAAGAUCUGUUAAAUAUUCUGAACCAUCAGGCACCAGCUGUAAUAGCUUUAAAGCUGUUAUUUUAAUAACUUGCACAUUUUUUCUUUGACUUUUUUUUUUUCUUUAAGUCACUCCACUAAACACAUUAGCAAGGUUCGCUGGGGCCAUGACUUAUGCAGAGGAGUUCAAGACAUAAUUUAUCUCCACCAUUUAUUGGGUCAUAAGUAGGGCCAUCUUGAGGAAUGUCGCUCUCAUUACCCGUAGGAUGAACAUCCACUCUGUGUUGCGGUUAAUUUCAAUUGAACGGUGAAUAGAACUUAGUUUAUUUGCAUCAAAUGUCAGUCCUUGCAUAAACAGAAAGGUAUCUGAUACCCUACUAUGUUUGAACUAGGAAAUUUAAAAAAACGGUCAUAAUAUAAACAUUACUCUUUAAAAUAUACAUACAUCAUUAAAAUCGCCCAUGUAUGCAAUAAAGAAAUCCGGAUUACUUCCUCGGACACCCCCAAAGUAUCCCACAAUACCUAGCGUGUGGCUGCAUGCUAAGCAUUACUGGAUAUCUUUGUCUCUCAUUGCCAUGGGCAUUGAAAAAAAAUAAAUUGCUAAUAAUUGAACUAUUCAUCUGGUAGCCAAUUGUAGAAUUAAAAUGUUAUUCCUAAUGAAAUUGUUUUACACCAAUAUUGUAAAAAGAGAAGGCCUGCUUGGUUAUUUAUCAGUGAGAAAUGUCCAGUUUUAUUAUUUUGGCCUAAUAUUUGCAAGUUCUGUUUUUAAUCUUCCACCUGUGAUAUAUCAUUGCUAAUACUCUAUUAAAGAAGAACAAAGGAGACCUAGCGUUUUCCUAGGAGCCUGCAUCUAAUCUAAACAGCCCAACAAAAUGCUCCCACAGAUUAACUUUUCUUUGCAAAAAAAAUAAUUCCUUGAGGGCAAGGUCCUCAUGCUUGAUACUACUCCUUCUUUAUUAUGCAUUCAGUCUCUCUCUCUCUCUGCAGUGUACCACUGGGUAGAGAUGCGGGCGAAAAUGAGGAUCAUGGGGUUUCGUGGUGCAGCUAUCAAGCCUUUGAAUGAAGAAGUAGCAGCAGAGUUGGGAGCAGAGCUGUUGGGAGAAGCCAUAAUUUUCCUCGUUGGAGGUGGUUGUCUUGUGGCAGAGUAUUCAAGGCAGUCUGCAAACUCCAAAAGGAAAGAGGAAGAACUAGAGGCCCGACUAAGUGUAAUGGAGGCAGAAAUUGCACGUUUGGGGCUCCUAACAGAGGAGGUGGACGCUAGGGCUCGUGGAGUAGAACGAAAACAGUUGGCGAAGUGAUCCACCCUAUUGGGAAAAGGCUCUAUCCUUUUACCUGCUUUCCCCCCCCAAAAAAAACUACACCCUGACACUGGAGACAGCAAGGAAGCUGGUUUGGCACUGCAUGGGCUUGCCUAGUGCAAGCCAUACCCCUGAGGAUUUUUUUUUGCAGAAUUUACAGUUGUGUAUGAUGAAUAAACAGGCACCUUGUUGAUUUGACUGCUUCCAGCGGCUUUGAGACCCAUUUCUUGCAAAUCCAAUUAACAUUACACAAAUACAAUAGGCCAAGUUUUAUUUCUAGAAAACAGGAUACAAAAAAAAGUCCCACAUAUAUAUAUAUAUAUAAUGGCAUAAAAUAUUUAAAAGCACUUAUCCCAUUGGCUGCCCAUCUCUGUGCUACAUGUGCUUAGUGUAGCAUCACUGUGGGGCAGUGAAAGGCCCCAAACUGUCCUCCACUUUAUCCAGUGUGUGACCCACUAUUCUAUGGGUUUUUUUUUUUUAAUAAAAAAAAAAAACAAUUUAAAAAAAAAAAUCCUAUUCCCAUCACCACUUAUGCACCCUCAGAGCAAUACUAUAUUGUAGCUAGGUACUACAACAAAUUUUAUACAAAACAAAAAAGGUAUUGCAUUUAUAAAAUAGCUUUUUCCCAUAAAAAAAAAAAGCCAUAAAAAUAAUCCUAUUGGUUGAAGCUUUUAGUUUCUGCUAACACGUUUCGAGGUACAUGGCAGAGUGUAUGGUGAAGUUGGUAUUGGGCAGGGAGUUGUUACGGACUGUAAAGCAUUGAUUAGUGCAGCAUAUGGUGUGUGGAUGUAGGUGUAUAGACAUAGUUAGUAUAGCAUAUUGUGCAAGUGGAUGCACAUGAAUAGAAUAUGUAUGCGCAUGGUUAGUACAGGAUACAGUAUGGGUAGAGCCAAUGGUAGUUCAGCAUGUGGUGAGUGUAGAUCUAUGGUUAGCACAGGAGCAGUGUGUGGAUACAAUUGUAGAGCCAUGUACAGAAUUCGAUUAGUAGAGCAUGCAUUGUACGUGAUUUAGACAUUGCAUUGUGUUGAGGGGGGGGUAUCUACCCUCCCUUUCAUGGGACCCCCGCACAGCAGAGGAAGGAUUGCUGGGCCCCCAGUAGAGCACAAUUGGUAGAGCCUGAGACAUUGGAAUGAAGCUUGCUUGAUUCAUGGCGUCCCCCGUCUGCGUAGCUCCAGUGUAAAUGCUGAAAAUAAAGAAGGGGGGAAUGUCAGUAUCGUUUCAUU